AUCGACUCUUCCGUCCGCCCCGUCUCUGGCAGUCUCCCUUCUCCAUAGCGCAUACGUCCUCAUAGUCUGUCGACUCAACACACUCCUGACGCUCACAGCACUUGGCACCAUCCCGCUCCUCAGGCCAGACGCUAGGCAUCAUGAGUUCGCCCAGCAAGCGUCGUAUUGAGACAGAUGUUAUAAAGCUGCUCAUGUCGGACUACGAAGUGAACCUCGUGAACGACAGUAUGCAAGAGUUCUACGUCCGGUUUUAUGGUCCUGCGGAGACGCCUUUCGCCGGCGGUGUGUGGAAGAUCCAUGUCGAGCUUCCUGACCAAUACCCCUUCAAGUCGCCUAGUAUCGGGUUCAUGAACAAGAUCUUCCACCCGAAUAUCGACGAGCUGAGCGGCUCCGUUUGUCUCGACGUGAUAAAUCAGACAUGGUCACCCAUGUUCGACAUGAUCAACAUCUUUGAGGUCUUUCUGCCGCAGCUCCUGCGGUAUCCCAAUCCUAACGAUCCUCUCAAUGGCGAGGCUGCUGCGCUGCUUAUGCGCCAUCCAAAGGAGUACGACGCGAAGGUUAAGGAGUACGUCCAGCGUUUCGCCACCAAGGAGGCCGCCGACGCUGCGUUCGACAAGGACGAUGAGGACGGCGAGGACGAGGAGAUGAGCGACAUUGGCAGCAUCUCCGAUGACGAGGCUAUGGAGUCAUGAGCCCCGCCUGUCCUGCUCGCUUCACGCUGACCUCACAAUCCCUUGUUCCUUUCUCAUCUCUGGUUCUCGGAUCCAUUCCUGCAUUCCCCUCUCUUCUCUACCUAACUUAAUACGUGCCAUUGCUGGUACGCUCUGUGCCUGUUAUUGAUGUACCAACACCCCCCCUCCAUCGCAUCCGCGUCCGUAGGCUUCACUCAAUCACUUGGAAUUCGGCUGUAUCUCUGUAUAUCAUUGAUAUCCCCUCCGUCUGUCUCCCUCGCCUUCUCCGUCGCCGUUCGAAUCCUCUUCCUCCGCGUCGUACCCUUCUCUUAGCCGUCCGGACACUUCGUGCUGAGUACGUGUUGCGUUAGCUCCAGGGGACGUAAAUUGUCCAGCAACUGAAACACGAUCGUUAUGAGCGAGACAACGCUGUGCACCGAGCGGUUCACGGAAUGAGUAUCGUGGUGGAUGUGUGGGACGGGAGUGAGCAGUCAUGGUGACGUUGGAUCUCCAUAAGGACAAUGGUUCGGUUAUGGCACGGGCGUGGACUGUGAGGGCUCCGACGUCGUCGGGAUGGUCUGGACGAGGUCAUGGACCUUCUUUUGCACAUCCGUGGCAGUCUUCAUGAGGUUGUCGAUGUGGGUCUUAACGCUCUCCAUUGUGGCGAGCUUCGCUCUGCUUUCCUUUAGAAGCGCCUCUUUCUCCUUGAUGAGUUCCUUGCGUCUCUGAUCGAGCCUCUGCCGCUCGGAGAGCUCGAAGCUGAGGCGAUUGAGCAUGAGCUGGUGCUCGUCAGUGAGUACAUCGUCCGUACGCGCUGCUUCUGGUGCGAGCUGUAUGAAUUCCUCCAGGGAGUGGACGGGGAUGUCCUGAUAAACGGAGGCAAACUGCCGGCACUUCUCGAUCUCGCGUUCUAGAUGGCGCUUCUCGUAGAGGAGGUUCUGAAGUCCCAGGUACGUGUGGUCCAUCUCCUGGCGCGAGUCCGCGGUGGCUUGCUUGUGGGCGCGCGUCGCAUGGUUGGCGGCCCUAUUUAAGGCUUUGAGUCGCGCGAAGAGCGCGCCGGCACGGAUGGUGACGAGCGAGGGGUCAUCGUUGAGAGAAGCAGAAGAUACGAGCUCGCGCAGAGCAUCGAGCUCGUUCUCGG